UGCUGACAGAACAAAUACGCAACGAAGAGGCCUAUCAUGUAAAAGAGAACUGGCAAAAGCAAAGAAUUUCUUGUACUGUUCGCUUCGUUAACGGAGAAUUUCGUGGAAAAUGUGAAGAAAAGAAAAAUAUUUUGCACCGAGAAAAAUUAAAAGUGAAAUAAUAUUAAUAACCGUGUAAUAUCAACGUAAUAAAGUGGUGAUACUAAUCAAUAUAUGAAAAGAGGAAAUUAGCUUGAGAAAAAAGUAAAAUCAAUAUUUUUCGCAAUUUGCUUUAAAGUGCUAAGCGAAAUAAACGUAAAUUAAUAGACAAAUAUCAAGCGCGUCCCACCUUAGGGCACGCUUCUAUAGACGCCACCACCACGCGUCGCCCACGUUCCAGAUCACACAUAACUUUAUCAACACUUACAUUAUUAAAAUUACUGCAAUAAGGAACAAACAGACGACGAAUGGCUGAUGGAAAUGCGUUAGCGGCAGCUUCCGGUGGACUUGCCGCUGCUGAUUACAACACAACAACAAACAGCGGUGCAGCGGUUCAUAAUACAGUUACUGGCAGUGGCGGUGCUGUUAGUCAUGGCUCGAGCAUAUCAAGUUCGAGUCCAAAUCAGAAUUAUCAUCAAUUGAGUGUGACAAUUGAGGAAGCGUCAAUGCGGAAUAAUGGCUUCUUGAAACCAAAUCCAUAUGUCGAACUACUAAUCGAUAAUAAGAGCAAACGUAAAACAGAGGUGGUCAAAAAUAGCUACUUGCCAAAAUGGAACGAGGAAUUCACCGUACUGAUAACACCAUACUCCACAUUACAUUUCCGAGUAUUGGAUCAUUCCAGUUUUCGUAAAGAUGCUAUGUUAGGUGAACGAUCCAUAAAUCUUUCACAUGUUCUGCAACAUUACAAUGGACGCUGUGAAUUUCUUGAACUCAGUAUGGAUCUACUGUUAACAUCAAAAUCUGAUAAUAGACAAACUAAAAGUGGUGAACUGGUGGCAAUAUUAAAUGGACUUAAAUUAGAUAUGUCCAAUAUUGCAGUACAAAAUGGCAAUGGCUCAACAGUUUCUAGUAACACAUCAUUAGCAUCAAAUCCGACUAGUGAUAAUGUGAGUACCUCAUCAGAUGCAAGUCGAAGUUGUAUGAUUUAUGGUGGGGUACGUGCUCGUAUGAGAUUGCGUAGCACAAGUAGUCAAAAUGAAAGUACAGAAGCUAUUAAUUCUGGCCAUUUAGGUGGAUCUGCAUCCAGUCGUUCACCUAUUAUAAAUGGUAAUGCAGAACGGAAUACCACGAUGGCUGCAGCCUCACCAACAGGUGCUAUUCGUCGUGCCACUGUGGGUGGUGUACCAGUUUGGGAGCAGCAAGCAGUUCCAGUACAACAGCAACAACAACACGCACAGCAACAUCCUUAUCCGCAGCAAUCACAACCCCAGCCAUAUCCACAACAACCACAACAACAAUCAUUACACGUACAGCAAAUAGUGGGUGCUAAUUGCAAUACGUCUAGACCAGCGACUCAAGUUUAUGGCAAUGGCACACAAAUUCCUAUGCAACAACCUAUGUUAGAUGGUAAUAUGAUAACUGUUGUGGGCGAGCAAGGUAUAGGAAGUAAUGCACUACCAGUGUCUAAUGUCGGAGAUCCACAGUUACAAGCCGCGCAAGUAGAUGAUGAACCUUUACCUGCCGGUUGGGAAAUACGCUUUGAUCAGUAUGGUCGUCGUUACUAUGUCGAUCAUAAUACUCGUUCAACGUAUUGGGAGAAACCAACUCCCUUGCCACAUGGUUGGGAAAUACGAAAAGAUCCACGUGGUCGUGUAUAUUACGUUGAUCACAAUACACGUACCACCACUUGGCAGCGUCCAAACAGUGAACGUUUGAUGCAUUUUCAACAUUGGCAAGGUCAACGUGCGCAUGUUGUCGCACAAGGUAAUCAACGUUUUCUAUAUUCACAACAACAACAACAGCCAACAGCUGUAACUGCUACUGUAACACAAGAUGAUGAAGAUCAAUUGGGCCCAUUACCUGAUGGUUGGGAAAAGAAAGUGCAAUCCGAUAAUCGCGUUUACUUUGUUAAUCACAAAAAUCGUACUACACAGUGGGAAGAUCCCAGAACACAAGGUCAAGAGGUUAGUUUAAUAAACGAAGGACCAUUACCUCCAGGUUGGGAAAUUCGCUAUACAUCGACGGGUGAAAGAUUUUUCGUGGAUCACAACACACGCCGCACUACCUUUGAAGAUCCACGACCAGGUGCACCUAAAGGUGCUAAGGGUGUAUAUGGUGUACCACGCGCUUAUGAACGUUCCUUCCGUUGGAAACUUUCACAGUUUCGUUAUUUGUGCCAGAGUAAUGCGUUGCCGUCACAUAUUAAAAUAACAGUUACUCGUCAAACACUUUUUGAGGAUUCAUACCACCAAAUUAUGCGUUUGCCUGCCUAUGAGCUGCGUCGACGUUUGUACAUAAUCUUUCGUGGUGAAGAGGGUCUCGAUUACGGUGGUGUUUCGCGUGAAUGGUUCUUUUUACUAUCGCACGAGGUGCUGAACCCAAUGUAUUGUCUCUUCGAGUAUGCAAACAAAAAUAAUUAUAGUCUUCAAAUUAAUCCCGCCUCGUAUGUUAACCCUGAUCAUUUACAAUAUUUCAAAUUUAUUGGUCGUUUUAUUGCGAUGGCCUUAUAUCAUGGACGUUUCAUAUAUUCUGGCUUUACAAUGCCAUUUUAUAAGCGCAUGCUUAACAAAAAGUUGACUAUCAAAGAUAUUGAAACCAUUGAUCCUGAAUUUUAUAAUUCACUUAUUUGGGUACGUGACAAUAACAUUGAUGAAUGUGGACUGGAAUUAUGGUUUAGUGUAGAUUUUGAAGUGUUAGGACAGAUCAUACAUCAUGAACUAAAAGAGAAUGGUGAAAAAGAGCGAGUAACUGAGGAAAACAAAGAAGAAUAUAUAAGCCUCAUGACUGAAUGGCGUAUGACGAGAGGAAUUGAGCAGCAAACGAAAACAUUCCUCGAGGGUUUUAAUGAAGUUGUUCCGCUCGAAUGGUUGAAAUACUUUGAUGAGCGCGAAUUAGAAUUAAUAUUAUGUGGCAUGCAGGAUGUUGAUGUCGACGAUUGGCAACGCAACACUAUUUAUAGACACUAUAAUCGUAAUUCUAAACAAGUUGUUUGGUUCUGGCAGUUUGUACGUGAUACAGAUAACGAAAAACGUGCAAGACUAUUACAGUUUGUUACUGGCACAUGUCGUGUCCCUGUUGGUGGUUUUGCUGAGUUGAUGGGCUCAAAUGGACCGCAACGAUUUUGCAUCGAGAAAGUUGGCAAAGAAACGUGGUUGCCACGUUCACACACCUGCUUUAAUCGUUUGGAUCUGCCCCCAUACAAAAGUUACGAUCAGCUUGUAGAAAAACUUACGUUUGCCAUCGAAGAGACUGAGGGUUUCUGCCAGGAAUAAAGUUGGCCGACUCUAUUUGCUUGGAUGUGAUAGACUUUCGGUUAAUAUAUAUUUAUAUAAAAAACUACGAAAGUUGGUUUCUUUGCGC